AUGGCCAGCACACGCAAAAAGAUCUAUCUGUUUUUAUUUGUUUCGCUAUGGCAAUUCCAGCAAGUUUUGCUUUCAUUAGAAACUGAUGAAAUCCCCAAUGCUGUGGAUAAUGAAGCCGCCGAUCUGUCAUAUGCUGAAGAUCGUGAAAAUUAUUUGAAUGGAACUGAAGGGCUUAUGGAAUUGAAUGGAUCAGUGGACGCUGACUCUGCAAUAGAUAAGUCAAGCUUUCCAACGGAUCCGGAAGCCAUUUCGGUUGAUUUAAACCGUACGCUGGAUUUGAACGGGACAGUGGUGGGAGUUCGAUCGAUUAUGCAUACCUUCGGUGAUACAUCGUAUAGCAAUUCUUCUUUUUCGAAUUGGACUGAGCCAUCUAUUGUUCCAAUUGCAGUCGCUAGCCCUUUCCCAUUAGGUUCCAAUGCAACACCGUUUGUACCAUAUUCCAAUUCCAUUUCGUUUCUUCCUAAUGCAUCAAAUUUCGACGCGUCCUAUUUCGCUUAUUCGGCGAUACCAGUUCAAAAUUAUUCGUAUACGAAGAUAGUGCCGUAUUCUAUGACAAUAUCGAAACCAUCCUAUACCAAUUUAUCAAACUCUGGAAUGGGUGUCGUUUACUCGUCACCUGAUUUUCCGAGUAAUUUCGCUCCGUAUUCAAGUUUCAAUCAAUUAAGCAGUGGUGUCGUCUAUUCUGGACCUACGCUACAUAAACAUAAAUAUAGCAAUGUAGUGAAAAAUGAAGAAUCAACUAAAGGUUUAACGUCUCAAAUUCAACCGCCAAGCUCUAUAACAAACUUUAAGAAAGCCGUGGUUCGCGUACCGACAUCACCAACAACUGUGAGCCCCAUUCGAGGGACUACCAAGAGGAAGCCGCGUUUUCGAUCGGUCGGCGGUACUUCGAAGAAACCCCAAAUUAGGUCAACGAAAGGGACAUUCCGAUCGCCAGGAUCAACACGGAAACCGAAGUCGCAAUUCAGAAAUGUUAAGCAAAGUAGAACCCAGCGCACAACCAAGGCUGUGUUUAGAAAGGUUCGAAGGACUACUAAAACGCAAAUUAGAAACCCAUUCAUGCCGGAUUUGAGCGAGCUGCAAGAUUUGAUUAAAAUUUUAGAUUCUCUGUGA